AUGAACGAACUCCCGUCGGGCAUCAUCAAAGAAGUGUUCAAAUUCCUAACCUACAAAGAUGUGCUGAAAAACAAAAACUGCGUGAGCAGAGAGUUCCACUGCGCAGUGAAGUACAAUGACUUGUGGAAAUGCUUUUACGGCAGGGAAUAUGCAGAUGACCUCAUGAAUAGAAAAAAAAAUGACCCCUUUAAGGAGCUCUUUUACAUAAGACAUGAGGAGAAAAAAAAAAAUAAAUAUGUUUGCUUUCCAAAGUCUGCUCAAGAACAAUUUUUAGAUAUGGAGGCAUCUUUACUUGCCUUGGGGGACAGCUCCUUUGGACGGUUUGACAUUUCGCAUCUGUACAACCCCCCUCGUUUUAAGGUGCACACCGAGAUGCAUGCAGGGGAUUACGGAGGUGCUUCUCCAGCUGCGCCCAGUUAUUACACAGGAGGGGGGGGUCACCAGAAUUGUCUUUGCGAUGGGACCCCUCACGACAGAGGUAGUGACGCGGCAUUGAAUGGUGAGGAUAUGCCACCCCCAUGUGAGGGAGCUCAUCGUGGGGGUAAUAUGACGAACCGGAUGGUGAACGAGGAACGGAUGGUGCACAAGAAUCAGCUGGCGAACGAGAACCACCUGACGAACGAGAAUCAGCUGAUGAACAAAAUCGGGGAAGAGCCAUCUUGGAAUGACAAAAUAACACUCAGGGGGGUGGGCUUCCAAGAAGAAGAUGGAAAAGACCACGGCGGACACGUGUGCUCAUUCCAGCACUGCGAAUUUAAAUAUAUUCCAAAGAGCGAUGUGUACAUAUGCACGGAGAGCAAGAAUUUCCACAUAUGUGAUGAUAAAUGUGAGCUAGCCAUUUCGUCGGAUAUAGAGUGGGGCUAUUUGGUAUGCCCUCUGUCUGGGAAAAUGUUUGAUUGUUUGUUACAACCACAAUGUAGGAGAAGCUUUAACAGUGUAAAUUCUACCAUUAAAUACAUUUUGACUUAUGAUAUGGGGGCUGGUGGCGCCUUUCAAUACGUCUCUCCCCAGGAGGAAAACGAUCCUGACGAUUCUUAUGCACAAGAAAUGGAACCCUCCUUUGCAUACGGAAAAGGGUAUUCACGUAAACGUAGGGGUGAAAAUGGGGCUCACGGGGGUAUGCGCAAAAGGGGGAAGCGGCAGAGUGAGAAAAAGCAGAGUGAGGAUAAGCAAAGUGAUGAUCGGCAGAGUGAGAAUAGGCAGAGUGGGCGCAUUCCCUCGGCCAGUAAAAACAGCGUCUUCAAAAAGAUACUCGAUUCGUACAGGGGGAGCACGAGGGGGCACAAACGGGGGUGCAAAGGGGGGCCCAUGCGCAACGGGUAA